AAAAAUACAAAGCCCGUUCUUUAAUGACAUCAUCCUCCAGGAGGCCAUGUAUUUUUUGGUGGAAAAACAACAUCACAAACAUCAAUUUGUAUUAGCAAUGAUGAAUUCUGUGAUGUUUUGUGGCAUUAGUUUGCUGUUCCCCCUCUAAAAUAUUCCAUCCUGUUACAUAAAAUGAAAGAAUCAGUAUGAUGAAAUCAAAAAUAACUAAAUGUGGUUCAAACAUAUCAAAAUGAACUUCAAGUUAACACCUGAAGCUCACUCUCAAUCUCCGAGUCUGGUACAGAAAUACUUCCUUAAAUUAGAGCUCAAGCACAUUCAUUCAAGUUACAGAUUGAAAAGGUACCGCAGAACGGUAAUGACCCAAGUGUAUUUUGUUUUGUCUCUCGCUCUCAGUUGUUGCUGUUGUCCUCCGGCCCACUAACCUUCACGGAUUAUCAAACGCUCCCUGACCUCAAUCUGUCUGUAACUCCAUUCCACCAAAUUGCAGCACCUUUACAUAAUCUGGCAUGUGCGGCUAAUCUGUUCAGGUGGGGGGCAUAUAAGAGGCGCUCGUGUCCUGGGGAGCAGAUCACUCAUUCUCAGGAACUUCAUUGGCUUUCUUGUGAGGAAGUCAAGAAAGUUUGGUCUCGCUUGCUUGUCUGUCUUCUUUCUCUCUCCUACCUGUGGGCUCUUUACCAGUGAAGCAAACAUGAACGGGACAGAGGGUCCAAAUUUCUAUGUGCCGAUGUCUAACAAGACAGGUUUAGUCCGCAGCCCGUUCGAGGAGCCGCAGUACUACCUGGCCGAGCCGUGGAAGUACUCUCUCCUGGCCACGUACUUGGUCUUCCUCAUCAUCACAUCAUUCCCCGUCAACUUCCUCACGCUCUACGUGACCAUCCAGCACAAGAAGCUCCGCACGCCCUUCAACUACAUACUGCUCAACCUCGCUGUGGCCGACCUGUUCAUGGUGGUGGGGGGCUUCACCGUCACCCUCUACACGGCCCUGCAUGGAUAUUUCGUCCUAGGGGUCACAGGCUGCAACAUUGAGGGCUUCUUUGCCACCCUGGGUGGUGAGAUAGCGCUGUGGUCUUUAGUGGUGUUGGCUAUUGAGCGCUACAUUGUGGUGUGUAAGCCAAUGACAACGUUUCGUUUUGGUGAGAAGCAUGCCAUCAUGGGAGUGGGCUUCACCUGGGUCAUGGCCCUCACCUGCGCUAUACCCCCACUGCUGGGCUGGUCCAGGUAUAUUCCAGAAGGGAUGCAGUGCUCUUGUGGAAUAGAUUACUACACUCCCAAACCUGAAGUCCACAACACUUCAUUUGUCAUCUACAUGUUCAUCCUGCAUUUCUCCAUCCCACUGCUCAUCAUCUUCUUCUGCUACAGUCGACUUCUGUGUACAGUCCGUGCUGCUGCGGCUCAGCAGCAGGAAUCAGAGACGACCCAGCGGGCCGAAAGGGAAGUUACACGUAUGGUGGUCAUCAUGGUGAUUGCGUUCUUAGUCUGCUGGGUGCCGUAUGCCAGUGUGGCCUGGUACAUCUUUGCUAAUCAGGGGACAGAGUUUGGUCCCGUUUUCAUGACAAUUCCAGCGUUCUUUGCUAAGAGUGCAGCGCUCUACAACCCAGUCAUCUAUAUCAUUCUCAACCGACAGUUCAGGAACUGCAUGAUCACUACAGUGUGCUGUGGCAGAAACCCGUUUGGUGAGGAGGAGACCAGCACAACGGUUUCCAGCAAGACUCAAUCCUCGUCCAUCUCGUCCAGUCAAGUCGCCCCUGCCUGACCACAUGACAAAAACACCCAGCAUCCUCCUACAGGCCAAACAUGUCUCUCCAAAUCUACCUGCUGUCCAUUUGCCCAGUCUACAACAUUUACAACUUCUCAUUUCUGUUCUCAAUGUAAUCAUAUUUUGUAAAAAAAAAAAAAAAAAAAACAAACAUUGGCCAAUCAAAUCUAUAUAUAUAUGCUGUGUUAUGUACUGUGUGUGACACUGCUGUUUGUGGUUGUGAUGCAACAUGAACUAUAAAACGUAUAAGGAAAAUCCCUAAUGCGUUCAGUAGAAACUUUCUGGAAUGUCUUUUUUGACACUGAAAGUUUGAUGAAUACGUAGCUGUUAUCAUGUAUGAUAUUGCUUCGUUUUGUUGUAAAGUUUCUUCUAAAGUUUGCGUUUACAGGAAGUGAGAUGUAUGUUUGAGCCAUAAAAGACCUCACGAGAUGCCACACAAAACAACUCUGAAUGUUUAGGUGUCUGUAAAGGAAUUAGGAGUUAAUAUGUAAAGUACAUGUAUGACUGUUCCUGCUGAUUAAAUAUAAGGAAAUAUAUAAACUAAUUUGUUUAUAUAAUUAUAAUUAUAAAAAUAUACAAUCUAAAAAUUGUACCCUUAAAUUCUGCUGCAUAUUAAAUUCUCACCAUACACGCAUGCAGUGGACUACUUA